AUGCUGCAUGGAUGGCAGGAUGGAAAACUUCCGGUCGACAUAGCUUGUGUAAUUAGUAACCAUGAAAGAGGUGCAAAUACACAUGUGAUUCGUUUCCUCGAAAGAAAUGGGAUCCCUUAUCAUUAUUUAGACACAAGCACAGAGAAUAAAAGGGAGGAGGAGAUUUUGAAAUUGGUCCAGAAUACUGAUUUCCUAGUACUUGCCAGGUACAUGCAGGUACUAUCUGGUAAAUUUUUAAGAAGCUACGAGAAAGAUGUAAUUAAUAUUCAUCAUGGACUUCUGCCAUCAUUUAAAGGCGGAUUCCCUUCUAAGCAGGCUUUCGAUGCAGGUGUGAAAUUAAUUGGCGCAACAUCUCACUUCGUCACUGAAGAACUUGAUUCAGGGCCUAUUAUUGAACAGAUGGUUGAGAGAGUCACACAUAGAGAUAAUCUUCGAAGUUUUAUUCAGAAGUCGGAGAACUUGGAAAAACAAUGCCUUGCCAAAGCUAUAAAGUCAUAUUGUGAACUAAGAGUGUUACCCUAUGAGCAUAACAAGACUGUCGUCUUUUGAGGUAAAAAAAAAAGACUAGAUUCUUGCAUUUAGUAGGUAGUUAUUUUAGUCUGUACAAUCCACUCAUUCAUCAAAUGAUAGAUUGAUACAUCAAACCAGUAGAAGCAAGAGUGAACUACAAUGAUGUACAUCUUACGUUUAUUCAACAUGGGAAUUUUGCAAAUACAUAGUUUUGUCACCUUAGGAUUUUCUGUUGUUUUAUUCUCAUCUGUUUGUCUGAAUUAGUACCAAGAGCAAUUCAUACUUGGCUUCAAGUGUCUGAUGGAUGCUCUAACCGCAAAUUGUGUUAAUCCCAGAGGAUGCGUUAUAUCUGGUUUAGAAUUUGAAAUGGGAAGAGUGUAGAGAAACAAAGAAACUAGAUG